UCUCCCUUGGAGACAGUGGCAGCGCUGGAUCAAGGCAUGACAGUGCAACAGUAGAGUCUCCACUUCGCUGCACUUCCACUGAGCUAUCUCCACUGAGCUGUGUCACUAUCCAGACAGAAACAGGGAGCGAGCACCAGUUAACAGAGAGAGCGCCGGGCUGGAGAGGAACAGCGAGUCCGGACUGGAGUGCCGGGAAGAAGACAGAAGAGUUGACAGAGAUCUGGGAGGAGGCGGGGGUGGUGGGGCGGUCGAGAGCGUGAAGUAUAAGCGGAGGAGUCAGGAGCCUGAGGAUGCACGGAGCUAGCGGGAGGAGCUGCUGAGCGUGCAGCAUCCCAGGCACACUACUAGACUCACAUUCAAAUACACACACCUUCCAGGGGAGGACAGUGUGUGGGGCCCCCAGUGGAGAAUGAAGAAGCACUCAGCCCGAGUGGCUCCUCUCAGCUCCUACAGCACUCAGGUCCUGACCUGCCCCAACUCUGAAGCAGGAGAGGAUGGUUCAGAGUCACAUGCCGAGACACCUGGCAGUGAGACCAGCGGAGACAGCCAGUCCUACCAUAAGUGCACCAACACUGUUCUGAAGGUGCUGGGUGGUCUGCUAAUGGUGCUGUGCGUUUCCUCCUCCUGGGUGGGCACGACUCAAGUGGUGAAGCUGACCUUCCAGUCAUUCUCCUGUCCCUUCUUCAUCUCCUGGUUCAGCAGCAACUGGAACAUCCUCUUCUUCCCUAUUUACUACUCGGGACAUGUAGUUACCACACGGGACAAGCAGACACCCAUACAGAAGUUCAGGGAGUGCAGCAGGCUCUUCGGGGAGGAUGGGAUGACUCUGAAGCUUUUCGUAAAGAGGACAGCACCCUUCUCAAUCCUGUGGACACUCACCAACUACCUGUACCUCUUAGCCUUGAAGAAACUGACCGCCACUGAUGUCUCUGCCCUCUACUGCUGCCACAAGGCCUUCGUCUUUCUCCUGUCGUGGAUUGUCCUCAAGGAUCGCUUCAUGGGUGUUCGGAUUGUGGCGGCCAUAAUGGCCAUCACAGGUAUCGUCAUGAUGGCCUACGCUGAUGGUUUCCAUGGUGAUUCCUUUGUGGGUGUGGCAUUGGCUGUGGGGUCAGCCUCAACUUCAGCUCUCUAUAAGGUGCUGUUCAAGAUGUUCCUUGGCAGCGCCAACCUUGGAGAAGUGGCUCAUUUUCUUUCCACCAUGGGUUUUUUCAACCUUAUCUUCAUCUCCUGCGUGCCCCUCAUCCUGUACUUCACUAAAGUAGAGCACUGGGGGUCUCUGUCCUCACUGCCCUGGGGAUACAUGUGCGGACUGGCAGGACUGUGGCUGGUGUUCAACAUCUUGGUCCAUGUUGGAGUGGUGCUCACUUACCCCAUUCUCAUCUCCAUAGGGACACUGCUCAGUGUGCCAGGCAAUGCAGCCGUAGAUGUUUUGAAACAUGAGGUGAUCUUCAGCGUGGUGCGCCUGGCAGCCACCUGCAUCAUCUGCCUGGGCUUCCUCCUCCUGCUGCUGCCUGAGGAGUGGGACUCAGUCACGCUGCGCUUCCUGACCACCAUUGCAGACAAGAAGUCCGAGGAACACGGCGAGGAGCUCACGGAGUCCAGCGUCCACACUCGAAGCCGCAGUCGAGCAAAUGGCACGGUCUCCAUUCCCUUGGCGUGACACGGAUCUGAUGUUGCCUGCUCGUGUUCCUCAAACGCCCACCCAUCCGGUAGUGGAAUGUUCUGUCCAAAUGGACUCUCUCACCGGGAAGACAGGAAGUAUUGUCUCGAACUUCACUCUGGAGAUGUACCUCAGUCUAUGUCACGUAACAACAACACGAAGGGGACAUUUUUGGAUCAUGCAAACUAAAAUAGCUGAAAGUGUUAUUUACUUUCUUGAAAUACUUGCCACGCCGUCCCUCGCACAGACCCAAGCUAAGAGCUGACUGACUUCCCCUGAUGUGCUCUGCGGACUGUAUUCUGUGAAUAUAAAUAUUGGCAGGGCCAGUUUGGCUCAAUCUUAUAUGUAUUUAUGAUAUUUAUUUAGAACUGUAUCAAUAAGAGUAUUAAUUUUAAGUCUUACUGAAUAGUAUUAUAUACAAGAAUGGCAAUUAUACUAUGCGUAAUGUACAGGCCCUUUUGAUUUUAUAAUAAAAGACUUAAAACCCUCAAAAAUGCAGUGGCUCCCUAGUCUCAAGGCCAUGUGUAUGUGAUCUUUCAGAUUUUUCAGCCGUAUCUUUGUCGCCUGCAUCGGAAUUAACAAGGAUACAUCAAUUUCCAGGUCAUACAAAGUGUAAAAGAACAUCAUUGUCUUGCAUUGAUCUGCAACAAGUAUAAGCUAAUUAACUGUGCAGCAUGAGAUCCUGCAUGUACAUUAACUUACUAACAAGAUGAUCCAUUUGAUAAUUAAACAUAGGAAAAUAAUCCAGAAAUGCAAUGAGUAGGAUAUAUGGUUACAUUUUAUAGAUAAAAGACACAUUAUAUUGUAUACAU